GAUUGUUCCUGCCGAAGGCAGCAGUGAUGAUUGUGUGUGCAACCUACGACCGAAUCGAAACGAUGACCGUCGGGCUCACUGCAUCGAACUGGUUCGAUAGAUAGAAUGUCCAAACAAGUCCGUCAGACAACAUGGUUGAUAAUUCUAUUUCCUUCUCGUCGUUCGUGUGACAUACGCUAGGGUUGAUACCAACGCCCGUUCUUUAACAUAUAGGAGUUGAUUGAGCCGGAAGUAAUGGGCACAGGUUUUGUGCUUAUAGGGCUGCAGCCCUUAGUUCGAGAUGUCCUUGGUACGAGACGGUUCAUUCGUUUAGGAAAAAACGGACGAUUACUGUCUGAAAAAGUUAUUUCAAUGGACAAGUGUGUGAGGUGUGCGUUGCGGUGCGUGCUCUACAGCGUUGUAAUAUAAGCGAAUGAUGAACAUACGAGAAGGAAACUAAAGGCAAGAAUAAUAUCAUCACCAACAACAGUAGCAGCGAAGGCAGAGUGUCGCUCUCGCGAAGUCAACGGAAAAAGUGGAGAUCGUUAGUUGUGUGCGAGUGAUAUGUCUGGCUAUGCUGCGUCCAUCUUUGUAUGUGCAUCGCACUCAUUCCCUUGCUUGCUUUGCGAAAGAAGAAAAGAGAGCCUCCCCGUGUUCGUGUAAUGUGCUCUUCUCUGUGAAUGGAAUGAGCGGUAACCUGUGGCGGUGUGCGUGAGAUGCUCCGCAUGAAAGCAAAAGGAAAUUACAAACCAGACGAAGAAGAAGUGCCUUCGAUGGCCGCAUAUUGUGUUUGGCUCGUGUGUGAGGUUUUCUUGAGUAAAACGGCAUGAUGAAAUAGUGACACAGUGAAAUAGUGCAGUGCGGCUAAAAGGGUUUCCCAGCAACGUCGUAAAAACGUACGUUGCGAUGAGCAAAACUACUUAGCAAUUGUUAAAAAGCAAUGAAAUUGUGAGAGUGUGUGUGAAAAAUGAGCUAAAUGAAAGUGUUGUGUUGUGUUCGCGCCCUACUCUUUGUAGUAUCGAUGACUUGAGUACUAAACCGUGAACGUAGCCAAAACUUCCGCGCGAGUACGUGUGCGUGGUGUGCGUGCUGUCCAGUUGUUGAUUAAGCUUUUCGAUAUCGACCGCACAGAAUGGGGAAAAGAAAUGCAGCAGCAGCAAUUGUUGAAGCCGAUCGGUUGCAGCAGUUUGAGACGCCACCGAAGCGGAUGAAGCAUGGUCCGGCAGCAACGGGUAUACCGACGACCACAGCUUCACCGCCUGCUGUUGCCGAACCAUAUUCGCCCAACAUCAGCGCGAGUGAGUUUACGCUUAGCAAAGAGUUUGUUGAUGGCACUUUGCUUAUGGAUCUCACCUUAAAGCAAUGGCGUACGGGCAGGCCAAUUGGGAAGGGAAGCUUCGGGGAAAUUUUCCUCGCAUCAGAUGAGAUCGAUACACCAGUGACGGGCGAUAAUGCUAAAUAUGUGGUCAAAAUUGAGCCACAUUCAAAUGGUCCACUGUUUGUGGAAAUUCAUUGUUUGCUCAACACCGCCAAACGUACAGAAACAAGCAUUAUCCCGCCGGGCAUGCCAGAGUACAUUGCAUCCGGAUCGCAUAUGUUUAAAAACGAACGGUACCGCUUUCUCAUCCUUAAGCGUUAUCAACGUGAUCUGCAUUCGCUGAUAAAGAAUAAACGGGUCAAUCCGAAAAGCAUUCCUGUGAUCGCCUGCCAAAUACUGGACGUGCUGGAACACUUGCACGAUCAAGGCUAUGUGCAUUCGGACAUAAAGGCGGAAAAUUUAAUGAUCGGCACGGUGGAGGGAACAGCACAGAAUGGUGCGAACCGUUUAUCAAACGGUGAGAACGGUACAGACGUUCAGCAUCAGUUGCAUCGGUCCAAUGGAGUGACACUGCCAGAAGGGAAGGGAGCAAAAAGGGGACCGAAAGUCUCUGACGAGCAGCAUCAGGCCAACGGAGGUGCUGCAAGCUUGCAGGAAAAUGGGCUUUACUUUCAUCAGGAGCAGGAGAUGUGUACACGUACGCGCAAUCUUCGUCCGUUGAAAACGGUCACGUAUCGGGAUUUGAGUGAUGAAGAUGAGCGUGCUGCCAACGCUGUCCGUUCGAGGGGAAAUUUUCCAAGAAAGCGUGGUCGGCGGCGUCAGGAAGAUACGUCGUUUAGCUGUUCCAUCUCGCCGCGGCGCUCUGGAUAUGAGGAACUGAAAGCUGCUACGGAGGAAGCGCAUUGGCAGGAACUGAAACGUGCAGCACUACCGAAGGUGACGGCGGAAGAACCUGCGCCAGUGGAAGAUCGCAUACAUUUAAUCGACUUCGGUCUGGCGUCGAAGUUCGUUGAUUCAAGUGGCCAGCAUAGACCCUUUUGCAUGGAUCAGCGCCGAGCGCACGACGGUACGCUUGAGUUUACCUCCCGCGAUGCACACAUGGGGGCGCAUGCCCGACGUAGCGAUCUGGAGUGUCUCGGGUACAAUCUGGUGUACUGGUGCCGCGGAUUUCUGCCCUGGAAGGACGAGAAGCUGCUCAACCAGCCGGAACAGGUGCAUCGUAUGAAGGAGUACUUUAUGACCGAUGUGCGUGAGAUGUUGCGCCUGAUCUAUGGCGAGGAUUGUCCGGGGUAUCUCGGCGAUUUCCUAGCGUACGUUGGAAACCUAACAUACGAUGAGCGACCUGACUAUCAGUACUGCAAGUCGCUGUUCUACAAGGAGCUGAAAAGAUUGGGCUGCCCGGUUAGCCGAAGCCAACCGCUACGGUUAGAUGUGAACGCAAUCAUGCAGCUGAGUGAACCGUUGACGGCACAGGACGAAGCAGAAAUAACGAACAAAAUCAACCAUGUCAAGUCGCUAAUGAAGAUGGGCGCACUCAUACCGUAUCGAGAGAAUACACUGCACAGUAAGGGAUCCUCGCCAAAGAAUCUUCGUUCCAAGCGAAGCGAUAUCAACGGCAAGAAUGCGAAUGCACCGACGGCGACCACGGUCACGGAAGGGGCAGUACCGGGUGCAUCGUUACCGAAUGCGACAGCCCCUGCCGCGUCGACGAUCUGUACGCGGAAAAAAGAGAAGCAAUUUUCGUGUGAAGAAAUUUUUGCCACCGAUGCGGACCAGAUCGCGCGCGAUCGCGUAGAAAAGGAAUUUGAACGGGCCGAACAGAUGGAGGAAACCGUAAUUCGUUACACCGGCAGGCCAACGUACGCAAUACAAGAGCUGCUGGAGAGAAAGUCACGUGGGCAUAGCCUCGGCAGUGGUUUGGAGUACACGGAAAGUGAAGGGUACAUCAAGGGUUACACUAAACCAAUGAUGGACAUAUUGCGCAAACGGCAGUCGCAACUGUUCCGCCAGAUCGAGGAAAUGAAUUCCACUACGGAAAAGAGCAAUGAAAUCAUUAAGGCGAAAGAUACCGAGUCACGUGACAGUGAGCAUGCUCCUAUGGAGCAAGAUAGCGAUAAGAGCGAUGAAGGAGAAGGAGAGGAAAACGACGUGGAUGAUGCGGUGGAAUCUACGCCGGUUAAUGAUUACGAAGACGAGGAUGAUGUUAGUGUGGUGAAACUGUCGAAGUAUGAGCAGGAUGACGAUUUUGAGCUGGCUUCGGAUGAUGAAGAUGAGGACGAUUUUGUGGAGGACGACGAGGAAAAGGAGGCAGCAAGCAGCGAGGAAGAGGAGGAUGAGAGCGUCGAGGAAGAGGAAGACGAAGCGGAAGAAGAUUACGGGGAGGAGGAAGAAGAGGAGGAAGAGGAACCGGUUGUACAGAAUGGUUAUGAAUCCCGCGGAUCCUAUCGUCGCAAAAAGGAGAGCAAAAGUCGCAAAAAGGAAGAUACGGACAGUGACUUUAUUAAUGAUGGUGGCUGUGAGGUGGAAGGAACUGAUCCCAGCAACCUUCCGGACGAAGCAGGAGCAGCGGAGGCGAACGUUGAAGAUCAGCAGGAUAGCGAUUUCAAUGAUCAAGAUAGUACAGCAACCGGGAGUGAGGUGAUCGUACCGGUGGAACGGCAGCCGAAACGAAAGCGUGGUAGACCGCGCAAAAAUCCACAAUCGAAUGAUGGUCAAAAAUCGGUCAAAGAACGUGAUGAUAAAACUAGCAGCAGUAAAAGCGAGGCGACCCAUGACAACGAGGAGGAAGCUAAUGAUGAUCCUGCAGUGACGGAUCGUUACAGGAGGAAGAUUCACGCAGCAAAACAGCGGUCAGGUCAUCGGAAAAAACGUCAGCAGCAAGUGCUGGAUGACGGCGAUGGUGAUAAUGCGCGUUUGUUCGAGGACCAACACGACACCGGAAGCCGGUUGGCGGAUGGGCAGGAAGCGGUACAGAAACAGAACCAUCAUCACUACAAUAACAACAACCACUGCAACAGUAAGGCGUACUAUGGUGAUGUGGACGAUUCGUCACAUGAUAUGGCACCACCCAACAGUACCGCUGGUGGCGAUGGGUUGAUGGAUCGGAAUGCUUCCAAGUAUCGGUACGUGAAGCGCCGUAAGUCCGGGCUACGGGAACGCAUCAGACCUACGGAUCGUGGCACGGACUAUGCGGACAACAUGCAGCGAAAGCGAAAAGCGGCACUGCAGAAUAAAAGACGCCGGGAAUCGGCCGCUCUACACGGGGAGAUGGAAGAUGCGGGCGAACCGGUUGCCGAGGAAGAUUAUUCGUGCGGCAGUAGCACCAGCAGCAGCAGCAGUAGCAGCAGUAGCGGUAGUACUAGUCAAUCCGUCUCCUCAUCAUGCGCCAGCAACAGAAGUCGGGUGGUAUCACAGUUUUCGUCGGCAGCAUCACUCGAUUCGGCUUCCAUCGUUUCUUCGCAGAUACGGCGCGGAAGGAAACGAAAGCAAGUGCCGACCGUUUCGUCGCGUGAUAGUAGCGGAACCCGACAGUCCGCCGUACAAUGCCGUACCAGUGCCGGGCGGCCACGGAAACGUGCGACGGUGACAGACAACGAGACUGGUCACUCCAACAGCCGUUGGAGCCCCUCGAAUUCGAACGGUAGUCAAUCGGCUGCUACAUCGCGCUCAUCUUCUGUGUCCACGUCCGGCAAAACUAACGAAUACGGCAAUCUGCCGCAAAGGUUAGCUACCCUGCCAGAGUCUCAGCAUGAUGAUUUUGUUGAGGAACACGACGAUGGUGAUGAUACGCGUGACGCAGACUAUUCGCCGAUUUGCACCAGAAGGAGACGGGCCGAUUUGCACCGGAAAACUGCAACGACCGGCAUUCGGAAAAGGAAUGAUUCGAAAGGUUUGAUUGGUAAAGGUACAGGUUCGGCACCAUCAACAUCUUCCUGCUCUGCUGUGAAUGGCGGUGGUGGGAUUAGUCUUCCUCCGGCGUACGGACCUUCUUCCUCUAUUCCACGAAGACUGGACAUUAUUCAACCCCCUCCAGCACCACCAGUUGCGGCAGCCGCCGCUCUCAUACAGCAUCAUCACCAGCAGCAGCAGCAACAACACCGGAUCCGUCGUCCACAACAUCACAUGGCUUAUCAGAACUAUUACCGAGUAAACGAUCAGCAUCAUCUUCCUUCGACGAUGCUGGUACGAACGUAUAGUCGAGGAUAGUAAUGUGGAGCAAAGAGAAUGGUUAGAAGGACAACAAAGGUUGUCGUCAUGCAGGGGAAGAAGGAUAAUUGAGUGGAAUGAUGAAACAAUGGUUAUGAUCGUGGAAAUUAUAUAUGCAAUAUGUACUUCUGUUUCGCAAUGGAACGAUUGCAGAAUUAAAUUGUUGUGUACAUAUGUGUAAAAAGUUAGCUAUAAUCAUGUACUGUCCUAUUAAAUGUAGAACGCUUCUAACAUAAUUACACGUAUGUAUUGAGCUAGAGAUUAGAAGUAGCGAAUAGUGUGCAUAAAUGCAAUGAUGGUCUAUGAUAAGGUAAGCGUAAAGGCAGAAAAUCCAGAUCCUAAGUAUGCUCUCCGUAUCGUGGAGCGUUGUUCCUCUCUGUUUGUUUUUUUUUUUUGGAAAUUUGCCUUGCAUAAGUGAGUGCAUUAUUGGAGUGCAUUGCUUAGCUUCAUUGUUAAAUUUGACACAACAGGGGGGUUUGUUUUACGUCAAUGUUUUCCUAGCUUCCAUUCCUGGCUGAACGGAAGGUAUUGUUUCUGUGUCGGAAUGAGUUUCUCAACCAGGGUGUGUCUAUAGGUUAUCAAAAACCACCAAAAAUGCAAUUGAGCAAUGUACACUUUAUGCUGAAAGCAAACCAGUAAAAGAAACAUGCAUAAUACCAGCGUGAGGUUCAGAAGCAUUUGGUCGGUGGUUGUUUUGUUACAAGUAGGGUUUUAAAUUAUUUGUGUCGAAUUCUUUGGCGGAACGCACAGUUUUUAUCGAGCGAUUGCAAACAGAAACCGAUGCUUUUGAAUAUCAUGAUGAGAGCUGCGAGUAGCAUUACAUUUUAAAGGUCAACAUAACAUUAGAGGGUACGGUAUUCGGUAAUCCAAAAGCAUGUGGAUCGAACCAGUGAUUGAUUCAAUAAUCUUGUCUGUGCAGUUAAAUUCAAUAGAUGUUGUUAAUUGGUGCGUGCGUGACUGAUGGAAAGGGAAACAAAAUUAUGGCGCAAAACAUUGCAUUCGUUCUCCUAAGCCUAAUGUUUCACAAUAAAUUACGCAAAGAAAAUCGUAAAAGAAUAUAAUACAAAGCGAAGAAUAAUCCCUCGGAUACGCCACAACAGUGCAUGAUAGUUAUCGUUAGUUACAAUAUCCGUUAUUCGAAAAAAAGGCUGAAAAACGUUUGAAAUCGUACAAGCAGGAUAAUGUGCAAACAUCAAUAGGCAAAUGAUUAUUAGCCAUCUCAAGCCAGCAAAAACUUUGUCUGCGAAACGUAAAUGUGUUCCUGUUUCUUUGCUUCCUGUGUCUGUGUCUGCUUGUCAGGGUGAAAAGCGGCACAAACCUUUAUUAAAAAGGAAAAAGGAAGCCUAAUGGUGAGCAAAUUUAUACCAACAAGAAGCAUAAAGAAAGUAUUCACCUAUCUUCUCCAUAUAAUGAAAUAAAAUAUUCUUGUGCAUAGUAAUAUAAAUUAUGGUUGAAAUAAUUGUGAGAGCCAGUGGUGUGUGGCUAAAGUUCUUUCACAACAUGGGAAGAGUUACUUGAAAUAGACAGUUUGCUGUAAGGCGAAAUGUAUGAAAAAAAGAAUACUAUUAUAUAAAUAUACAUAGUAUGAUAACGUAGAAAGAGAAAAAUAAACAAGAAUAACUUUAGACAAACAUGCAGCAAAUCUAGCGCUGAAAUAAUAUUCUAUAUCGAUGAAUAAAAAAGCAAAAUCCCACAACACUACUAUUUCGUAGCACCUAGCAUAUUGCGCGAAUGUUUUACGAUAUGGGUAAAUAAAAUUACACUGGAAAUUUAA